AUGGGGGUGCCCACGCUGCUCAAGAAGAGCCUCUGCCUGUGGCUGAGGAACCUAUCCCCUGGGAGGAGGAACGCUAGAGCCACAUACCAAAGAAUGAUGGACAAAAUCUUCCGGGAGCAGAUCGGGCGCAAUGUGGAGGUUUAUGCGGAUGAUAUACUCAUCAAGUCCCUGUUAGCCGUGAACUUGAUCAAGGAUGUGGAAGAAACAUGCAGGACUCUCCGGCAGUAUGGGCUGAAGCUGAACCCCUUGAAAUGCCUGUUUGGAGCUAAAGGAGGAAAAUUCUUGGCCUCCCCAGAUUUGAAGGAAACUCAGAAGCUGGUCGGCAGAAUAACAGCCCUGUCAAGAUUCAUUUCCAGAUCUGCAGACCGAGCUGCUCCUUUCUUUAAAGUGCUCAGGAAGACCUCCAAAUUCCAAUGGGAUGAAGGCUGUACUCGAGCUUUUGAGGAGCUGAAGAAGUAUUUGGAGGCUUUGCCAUCUUUGUUCAAGUCGGUUGUUGGGGAACCCUUAUGGGUCUACUUAUCUGCCACCCCUGAGGUCGUAGGGGCCGUGCUUGUUAAGGAACAUGACAAUGUACAACGACCAGUGUAUUUCUUCAGUCAUCUAUUAAAAGGGGUCGAGGCUCGAUACACGACCCUCGAGAAGUUGGUUUACGGAUUGGUUCUUAUGGCUCGGCGAUUAAGACCUUACUUCUUAGCACAUCCCAUCACAGUUUUAACCAAUAGCACCAUGGGGAGAGCUCUAACUAAUAUAGAAGUGGUAGGUCGGCUUAUCAAGUGGGCAACAGAGUUGGGGGAAUACGAUAUACAAUAUCAGCCGCGCACAGCCAUUAAGGCGCAGGCCUUAGCAGAUUUCUUAACAGAAAUUCAUCAGACCAACUCUGAAGAAACUUGGAAGGUCUAUGUGGAUGAAUCGACGAAUCACCAAGGAAGCGGGGUCGGGGUCUUAUUGAUAUCUCCCCAAGGGGAUAUACUCCAAUUGGUUGUUCGAUUGAAUUUUCGAGUCACCAACAAUGAGGCAGAAUACGAGGCUUUGCUGGCUGGACUGCAAGCAACCCGUCACAUAGGGGCAGCCCGGAUGAAAGGGGAAUUUGCAGAGAUCACAGUGGCCAAGAUCCCCAGGUCGGAGAAUGAGAAGGCAGAUGAGCUAGCAAAGAUGGCCAGUUCCUUAACUACUUGGGUGUUGGACCGGUCAACGGCACAAACUUUCCUUAUAGCUCAGAUAGAUAUGCAAAAUAAUAGGGAAGCAACUAUCGAUUGGCGGACACCCAUGAUCGACUAUCUUAGGCAGGGUAUCUUAUCAACCGACCCAGAAGAAUCACGGCUGAUCAGGAAGCAAGCCCAUGCUUAUGUCAUGAUCGGGGAUCAGCUCUACAAGAGGUCCUUCUCCAGACCCUUACUCAAAUGCUUAGAUAUGGAGGAGGCCGACCAAGCCUUGCGAGAAAUACAUCUGGGAUGCUGUGGCAAUCAUGUAGGUGGUCGGACCUUGUCUCGCAAGGUACUCCUGGCCGGGUAUUUCUGGCAUACUUUACAGAGGGAUGCUCACAAGUUGUGGGGCACGGGUAUUGUGGGACCAUUUCCGAUAGUUCCGAGUCAAAGACAUUUCUUGUUAGUGGCGAUAGAUUAUUUCUCUAAGUGGGUGGAAGCAGAGGCCCUGGCCAGGAUCACAGAAGAUGUCGUCAUCCAAUUUCUAUGGAAGAACAUUCUUUGCAGAUUCGGUAUUCCUCACAAACUGGUGUCAGACAAUGGAAGGCAAUUUCAAGGGCAAAAAAUACAGGCCUGGUGCAAGGGGUUUGACAUAACGCAGGCCUUCACUUCAGUAGCAUAUCCACAAAGCAAUGGUCAGACUGAGGUAGUCAACAGAGAAAUAAUACGAGGUCUGAAGGUUAAGCUGGAUCAUGUGGGAGGUAACUGGGUGGAGGAGUUAUCAAGCAUCUUAUGGGCUUAUCGCACAACACCUCGGGAAAGUACGGGUCUAACACCAUUCCAUCUGGUUUAUGGCAAUGAAGCGGUUGUACCCAUAGAAAUCGGAGUUCCAUCAGUCAGGAGGACAUUAUACGACGAAGAAAACUCAGAGCGGUGGUUGGCUGAGCUGGACCUCAUUAGUGAAACCCGUGAUAGGACGGCAGCUCAGCUUGAGGAUGACCGGGGCAAGAAGCUGGACCGACCAUGGAGCGCCAACUACUUGCGACCUUACAAAGUCUAA